AGUAAACCGUCUUUGUGUAAGGCACCGGCCAACGCCAUGACACCGAUAUGUUGUAGGUAGAAUGUGUAUCGGCAAUUUGACUUGUAAUCUCAGUUUUUCAAAUUUUUAUACCGUAAAUUACCCGUUUAUUAGUAAUUACCGUUAGUCGGACCAGUAGAUGGUUUGAACGGCGUCACGACUCAAGCAGUCACCUGGAUCUCUGAUUGGCUCAGAGCGCUGAUCCGGGUACUGCGCUAGAAGGAGCCCAUUAGCUAAAGGUACCAAUAUGGCGGAGGCUUCCCUAGGGAGUUCAAGUCCAGUUGGCUCUUUAUCAUCAGAGGACCAUGACUUUGAUCCAACAGCAGAAAUGUUAGUUCAUGAGUAUGAUGAUGAGAGGACUCUGGAGGAGGAAGAGUCUCUGGAAGGCGGAACAAAUUUCAGAUCUGAAAUUGCAGAUCUGGAAAAGGAAGGGAACAUGCCUUUAGAGGAACUAUUGGCCAUUUAUCGCUAUGAGGCCUCAGCAGGCUCCAGUAUAGACAGCUCCUCUGGAGACCUGACUGAUGAGCUCCCCGACAUGACUUUGGAUAAGGAGGAAAUAGCUAAAGACCUUCUGUCUGGAGAUUAUGAGGAGGAGACCCAGUCCUCAGCUGAUGAUCUGACUCCUUCAGUUACCUCCCAUGAGGCCACUGAUUUCUUCCCAAGAACACUUAGAUCAAACGCUAUUUCUGACGGUGAUAAAGAGUCAGAGUGUGAUGAAGACGGCCCAUGCCCAGAGGACUCGAGAAAGGAAAUAAUGGUGGGAUUGGAAUACCAAGCAGAAGUUCCUUCUUGCCUCUGUCACUACAAAGAUGAGGAGAAAGCAUAUGAAGAUGAAGAUGAGUUACUGUGGAGUCCAGGUGUAUUAUCAGAAAACAAGGUUAGAAGUUUCCUGUGUGAAGUAUUGUCACGGACGACAGAUGAAAAGACGGGGUGUGACAAACCAGGAAUGCAUGUGCGAGACAAUGAGCAGGCUUUACGUGAGCUUGUAAAAUGCAACUACAACACCCGCGAAGCACUAGAAAGAUAUUGCAACCAUGUAAAGUCCUCAAAAGAAAAAUCACCUCCAUGGUCUGAAGAGGAAUGCAAGAACUUUGAACAUGCUCUUCAGAUGUAUGACAAGAACUUUCACCUCAUUCAGAAACACAAAGUCACAACAAGAACAGUAGCAGAAUGUGUGGCAUUUUAUUACAUGUGGAAAAAGUCAGAGCGCUUUGACUUCUUUGUGCAGCAGAAUCGGUUCGGGAAGAAAAAGUUCAGCAACUAUCCUGGAGUAACUGACCUGAUGGACAGGCUGGUGGAUGAAGCGGAGGGGUUAGCUGUGGACAGUUCCUCCUCCGUGUGUUCAGGUGCUGGUGGUGGUGGAAGGCUGGAAACAACCACAGAACAGCAGCUUAGCCUGCUCAACUCCAUCACUGCCAGCGACCUCACGGCUUUGAGCAACACUGUAGCCACAGUAUGCAGUCCUGCAGAGGUUAGCUGCCUGGACUCCUACAGCUUUCCUCCACUGGACAGUCUCCAUCGAGGUUCUCUGAACCACGAGGAAUCCCUUGGGUUCCCUGCAAAUGGUGCAGAACCUGACUGCCUCAAUAUGCUUGAGGCUGGCUUCUACCACUCAGAUCUGGGCCAGCUGGGAGGCGUGUGCGUCAACAAGGACUGUGAGCGGCCCUCCAAGAGACUCAAGAUGGCGCUGCCUGACUCCUUUAUCAAUGACGUAUCCGUGGGUAACCUCGGAGUGGACUUUGAUGCACGACGGACGACGACGCAUCACCACCGAAUCACCGGCACCAAAAUGGCAGUAUCUGUCACAGACUUUGGGAGCUUGGCUGGGAGCGGUGAGCCCAACGGGUUUCUGGGAGCACAUGCACGGCACCACACACAGCACACUGCAGCACUUCAGUCAGAGUGAUCUUCCUCAUCUUCUUCCCUGUUCUUCCCUUUUAAGAUCCCUUUUUUUCCUGCUUGUACAUAAGACUGACCUCACUGGAAAAUUCAAUUUGUUUAAAUUCUAUUAUAUAUAUAUAUAUCUAUAUAUAUGUAUAUGACUAUACUUUGUUUUCAUUUUUUGUGUAAUAUGACAUCAGUGAUGUCUAUCAUAUAGAACUAAAAUCUUGAUUUCUCUCAAGAGUUUAUAUAGCCAUUUAUUUUAUUUUUGUUUUGCGGUCUUGAGAUGUGUAACGUCCAUGUACAGCAGGGCCCAGGGGCUGCAGUAGGAGAGAUGUGUCUCUUCCUCCUUCACAUCUACACCCACCAUCUUCAGAGCUUCAGUACCUUAUCCUGCCAUUCUUCUAGCUGCCAAAAACUUAGUUUCCCCAGCUCUGGUGUUAGCAUUUAGUUGCCUGUAUUUGUUGUUUAAGGUGGUACUAUUUUUUUUUUUU